CUAUCCGGAGACUGACACGUGUGCGUUUCGUGUUAUUAUUUCUGCUCUUCGGGAGCUUCUUCGUCUCUCGCCGCCCUUCUCCAUGCUCGCCGCAGUGAGAUCCAUGUGAUUUCGAGAUUCUAGGUGUCUUGUUCGUCAAAUGGCGUCUUCCUCUUGGCAGUGCUUAGUUGGGCAUAGGUCAUUCUUCCAUGGUGAGUCCAGGUUCCUGUCCAAAUCUGAACUCUUCAGAACUAUGCAGUUUUUGAAGAGGAACACAUCAGAGUUCGUUGCUCACAAAAAUUCUUUUGCUGCACAUCCCCAGAAGAGUUUGUGCAGCCAAGUAGGUGCACUACCAGAUCUUUGUGAUUUUUUUUGGGAAAAGGAUCCAACUCCUAUAUUAGACAUGAUUGAUACACCAGUUCAGUUGAAGAAUCUGUCUCACAAAGAAUUAAAACAAUUGGCCACUGAAAUUCGUUCUGAGAUAUCUUUCAUUAUGUCAAAUGCUCGUAGACCUUAUAAAGCAAGUCUUUCUGUGGUAGAGUUGACAGUGGCGAUACAUUAUGUUUUCCAUGCACCGAUGGACAAGAUACUUUGGGAUGAUGGUGAACAGACAAAUGCACAUAAGAUUCUGACUGGGAGGCGCUCUUUUAUGCAUACUCUUAAGCAAAAAAAAGGUCUCUCAGGUUUCACUUCUCGAGCAGAGAGUGACUAUGAUGCAUUUGGAGCUGGGCAUGGAUGCAAUAGCAUAUCUGCCGGACUUGGCAUGGCAGUUGCAAGAGAUAUUCAAGGAAAGAAGAAUCGUGUUGUGGCAAUUAUAAAUAAUUGGACAACAAUGGCUGGUCAGGUCUAUGAGGCAAUGAGCAAUGCUGGAUAUCUUGAUUCUAACAUGAUAGUGAUUUUAAACGAUAGUAGGCAUUCUUUACAUCCGAAGCUUGAUGAUGGAUCAAAAAUGGCAAUCAGUCCGCUCUCCAGUAGUCUAAGCAAGCUCCAAUCUAGUAGAUCUUUCCGGAGAUUCAGGGAAGCUGCAAAGGGAAUAACAAAAAGAAUUGGUAAAGCCGUGCAUGAAUUGGCAGCCAAAGUAGAUGAGUACGCACGUGGUAUGAUUGGUCCUCCUGGAGCUACUCUCUUUGAAGAGCUUGGAUUGUACUACAUUGGACCAGUUAAUGGGCACAAUAUUGAUGAUCUAGUUUGUGUACUUAAUGAAGUGGCAUUAUUAGAUUCAACUGGUCCUGUUUUAGUACAUGUCAUCACAGAGGACGAGAAGGGCUUGGAAUCUACUGACGAAGGGACCUCAAAAUCAUGCCCUUUAGUAUCAGAUUCGAAGUCCAUGAAAAGCAGCCUCAGGACGUUCAAUGAUGUUCUUGUGGAAACUCUAGUAGCAGAAGCAGAAAGGGACAAAUCAAUUGUGGUAGUCCAUACUGGCAUUGCAGUUGAUCCAUCUCUUAAGCUUUUCCAGUCCAGAUUUCCAGAUAGAAUCUUUGAUAUAGGAAUGGCAGAACAACAUGCUAUUACUUUUUCAGCAGGAUUAUCUUGUGGAGGCAUGAAACCAUUCUGCAUAAUUCCAUCAACAUUCUUACAAAGAGGAUAUGAUCAGGUCAUUGAAGAUGUGGAUCUGCAGAAAGUUCCUGUAAGAUUUGCCAUCAGUAAUGCUGGGCUUGUUGGAUCUGAAGGUCCUACUCAAUCAGGAAUUUUUGAUAUUACAUUCAUGGCAUGCUUGCCAAAUAUGAUUGUCAUGGCACCAUCAGACGAAGAUGAACUCAUUGACAUGGUAGCUACUGCUGUUCGUAUCAACGAUAGGCCUAUCUGUUUCCGAUAUCCUAGAAUGGCCCUUUUGGGAAAUGGUAGUUCAUUACAUAACGGGAUUCCUAUUGAGAUCGGGAAGGGAGAGAUCCUAGUGGAAGGAAAGCAUGUGGCUCUUCUUGGCUAUGGUGUGAUGGUUCAGAAUUGCCUGAAGGCCCGAUCUUUGCUUGCUAGUCUCGGUAUUGAGGUAACUGUUGCUAGCGCCAGGUUUUGCAAGCCACUUGACAUUGAGCUCAUCCGAGAGCUAUGUCAGGACCAUGAGUUUUUGAUAACGGUUGAGGAAGGAACUGUCGGCGGCUUUGGUGCUCAUGUUUCUCAAUUCCUGGCUCUUGAUGGCUUGCUUGAUGGAAGAGUGAAGUGGCGGCCCGUGUUGCUACCGGAUAAUUACAUCGAGCAUGCAUCCCCAAGGGAGCAACUAGAUAUUGCUGGAUUGACCGGCCAUCACAUUGCAGCGACAGCAUUAAGUCUGCUAGGGCGUUUUCGCGAAGCCUUCAGCUUGAUGCGGUAGAACUGCUCUAACUUCGCGGGCAAAAUGGAUAGACACAAAGGAGUUGAUUGGGUUCCUAUAAGAUGUCUAUGAUACUACGAUUUUUUUGCAGAGGCUGCCAGAGUAUCUAAAUUGAGUUUCUUUCGGUCGGCUUAAUGAAGUGGCUUUUCAGUAUGAGCUGCAUUUGGUGAUGAAAUGGGUCGACUGCCAUCGUCUUUUGCCAUUAUGCUGUCGAUAGUCAUAAACCGUUUUGAGCAAUCAUGGAAAGCAAAUGCCUUCAGCAUCGAAUCGGGAACGAAAGGAUCUGUAUUUUGUUAUCUGUGUAGGUAUUAUACGUAAGCUAUCAUCGUGCCAUGUUCCAUGUGCAAUCGCAUUAGCAAUGUUAAUGGCUUCAUUCGGUGUA